ACAAUUGAAGGCAAGAAAUUCUACUGUAGAGGAAGGCUUCAGUCUGGGCAAUCAUGAUUUGGAAGAAACAUGCACGAUACUGGUAGUAGAGUGAUAUGGAAACCAGACCUAGUGAGUGUAGCGGUGAUACCUCGCAUCACUGGAGAUGAAAAUGAAGACCAGCGAAGAGACAGUGAGGUGCCUGGGAAUGUCGACCAAGAGAUCAAGUUUCCCUGUUCGGUAUGCAAACAAGAUACCUGUCCGUCUGACUUUUUUUAUCACAAAAAACUACACAAAGCUAUGGCCACAAUGGGUUUUCAGUGGUCCAAGGGAAGGAGACCAGACAGAAAAACCCUCACCCUUCAGAGACAGUGUUUACUUUCCAAGUUAAUGGAGGCCUCUUUGUUCAACCAAAAAAUCCGACAAAGCAUCGAUAGUUCAUAUGAGCUUCUCAAGAAAAGAAAGGAAAGCGAGUCCUUUAACAUCCUUCCAAGUGUAGUUGAAAGCUCCGUCCAUCUAAGGGAAAUCAACAAUCCCCUCAUUCAUGCAGUAGCCAUUUGUGAAGAUAGAAAUUCUCCAUGGAGAGUUGAUAUGGAAGAUACAUUCAUAAUAUUGGAUAAUUACGGUAACAGAUCAAAUGUGUGCUUUUUUGGUUUGUUCGAUGGACAUCAUGGGGCGGUUGCUGCAAACACUGCCCGAAAAGAACUCCCCAUUUUACUUCUCGACCAACUUUCCAAGUUUGAUUCUUCCUACCAAAUGACCAAAGAGGAUCAACAAAUGAUAGAUUCAUUUGACACAGUCAUUACUGCUGAAUUCAGGAAACUGGAAGACAUUUUCUCUUCAGAAGUGGGAAGGAGGGAAUCACUGAAGAAGAGUGGUUACGAAUGGCUCCAUAAAGCCUUUGCUAAAUCCUUCUGGAGAAUGGACAGACUUUUACGACUAGGAAGGAAGGAAGUCUCCAGGGUCCGCUGGAGCGGUUGUUCGUGUGUCAUCUGCUUAUUAGAAUCUAACAGGGUUAAGGAUGAUACUGCUGCUGUAAGUAUCUCAUCUAAGGUGGAAGAAAAAUCAACCGAUUUUUAUGAAGACUUGAUCUGUUCCCAGUCAGAGCAAGAAUGCAAAAGUAUUAACGGAGUACUACACAUUGCUAAUACGGGUAAUGUGCACGCAGUCUUAUGCAGAAACGGAAGAAGCUACUGCCUCACCAAAGAACACAGCACUCGAAGCCUAAGUGAAAGGAGACGGAUCCUGGGAGCUGGAGGAUCAAUCAGUCCAAACGAACCAACGGGACUAACGGAAGGGAUCAUCAAAACUACACGGGGGCUUGGACAUCAUGGAAAUCCAAAGUUCAAGAAGUCUUUCAUUCCUGUUCCUCAAACCAUCUCCGUCCCUAUAGAUAACUUAUGCCAGGUCCUUAUAUUAGCUACCAAUGGCCUUUGGGAAGUUCUAGAUAAAAAUGAGGUUAUGGCACUGGCAUUGACAAUGCUCGGGACUUAUGAGGAAACUUACGAUCUUCUCCAACAAGAGCGCAUCCAGGCCUCCAAAAGCCAGCUGUCUGAGUUUCCAGCUCUCUAUCUGUCAAGUAACGAUUCGAUCAACAAUAGUCACCCAGAUGAGAACAUCAAGUUACUGUAUUUUGAUAGGACUGCAUUUCCUCACAAACGACCGGCAACAAGCUCGGUGUCCUCCAGAGAUUCAAAAAUUCGGCAGCCUGGUGAAGACGAUCAGCAUUUUCAAAGUCUAGACCCAGCCCAACAUGUGAGUGAGGGCCUCCGGAAGUCUACGGUCGCAAAACCCAGCUCAUCUCAUACCGUGGAACCCCCAGUAAGUAGGCAAGCGACGCAUUCGCCCAAUGCUGAUGACUUCUACUUGGAAAUGCGGCAUCUGGAGAGAGACAGCAGGCAAGAAACGGAUGAGGAACUCAGCCUGCCUAGUAAUAUGACCCAUUCAAGUACAGGGCAGAAGGAAACAGAGCUCAAGAGUUUCUAUGAUGAAGCAGCAGAAUACAUUAGCAAACAGCUGGUAAAGGUCGCUUUAACGGCAGGUUCUCGGGAUAACAUCACUGUUUUGGUGGCACUUCUCAGGGGCUGUGAAAGUCUGCUAAAACAUCCUAGAAUAUGAAGGACACGCUUACCAAAAUUGAAUACGAUAUAAGAGAACAUACCAUAUUUGGACUAUUAAAACGAUGACUUAGGAGUAAUCUUGCUAGCGACAGGUUUUCUGUAGUCUGUGUAAUGUACUGCUGUUGAACAGAAGGUUUCUGUUUCAUGCUGAACGUGAUAAUCGACACUUUCCUCUUCUUUACACUAUUCAAAUCUGAGCCUCCCAAUAAAUAACUAAAUUUGGGGGAAAA